UCCGCCCGCGCCGCUCGGCGGGGACAAAGCGCGGCGCCGAGCGGGGGCCAUGUCGUCCGCAGGCGGCCGCCAGCCCAGCCAGAGCCGGGCCAUCCCCACCCGCACCGUCACCCUCAGCGACGCCGCGCAGCUCCCCGCCGACUACUGCACCACCCCCGGCGGGACGCUCUUCUCCACCACGCCGGGAGGCACCCGGAUCAUCUACGACCGCAAGUUCCUGCUGGACCGCCGCAACUCCCCCAUGGCCAAGACCCCGCCUUGUCACCUCCCCAAUAUUCCCGGCGUCACCAGCCCCGGCGAGGCCGGCGAGGAGCCCAAAGCGGACGCCAACAGCUUGAACCACCAGGAGGGCAAACCAUCCAUGGGGGACGAUGCUCAGUUCGAGAUGGAUAUCUGAGCAGGAACCACGGAGAGGCAGCGACUCCCCAGACCUGUGCACCCCCCAUUCGGCUUAGCAGGAUCCGUCCCGGCGAGGCGGAGGUGGCACCGGUCCCCACCGGCGUCCCCUCCCCGCCCUCCUCCUCCUCCCCCUCUUUUUUGGGGGGAGUGCAGCUCUGUCUUCUCUCCCUCUGCGGGUGACUGGUCCCAGCAUGUGCCGGACGGAGCAUCCCUUCUGGAUCCGGCCCUAUUCCUCCUCUUCCACCCGGCUAACAGCCUGAUCCCCACCAGGCUUCUUUUUAAAACAUCCCGUUGCCUCUUCUGAUGCUUCGUGCCCCCCAACCCCCCACCCCCAAAAUUCCCCUCUUGUUACCCAAACCUCCCAUUGCCAGCAGCUUGGUGUGUUCGGGAGCUGUGUCACCCGCUUUGCCCCCUUCUCCUGGAAAAUUUAGGCAGUCUUGCAAAGGAGGAGGGGGAAACAUCACUCCUAAAAUCAUGCAGCUGCUUGCAGCCUGGGGAGGGUAUUUUUUGAGUUUCCCUGGGAUGUGUUGGCAUUCAGCAAAGGACAGCAUUGGGAGCCCGUUCCCUUCAGUGCUCCAGGGGUCCCAUGUAGUCCCUGAUGGAAUCAGCCAGCGUGUCCACAUCUCUCCUACCCGGAUUUCUUCCAUCUUGGCCCUCCAGCCGGGGGCUGUGUCCCCCCACCCACCAGCCAGGACUCACAGCAAUGUAGCCAUAUAUUAUAAAAGCCCCCUUGCUUUUAUGUUUGGUACUAAAUAGGGGCACUUUACCCCCAAUGACUUUUUCUGGGCUGGGGCCGAGUGCCUCUGGGAAAAGUGCUUUGUAGUGCUCGGGUUUUUGGUAUUUUUUUUUUUACCCCCCAGCCGUUUAAAAUGUGAAUCCUACAGGGGGGAGAUCCCUCUGGCACCGUUGGAUGUCUCAGGAAUCACUGGGUGUCCCUGGGGGCUGUGUGGGCUCGCCAGACACCGCAGGGAUGGGGUGCUCUCCUCGCAGGGUGCUGCCAUCAAUGCCAUCCUCUGCUCAGUUUUCAGGAUGGGAUUUCUCCCAGCCGGAUCAUGCUGUGUCGUGGAUAAAGCAUUUCCACGUUAACCUCCCCUUUGCCAGCCUGCCAUGGCGUGGCCACCAUGGGAUUUAUUUUCUCCCCCUCUCUCCGUGUGACUCCUGACGAGCGGCUCUGGGCAAGGCCGCGCGCAGUGUCAGGCUGUGCCCCCCCAAUCCCACCAGCCCCCCAGUUCUGAAUUUUUUUAAACUGCCUGUUGGGAGCCAUCACCAGCUCCACAACCUUCUCAAGUGCCAUUUUAUCAGCCCCCACCUGAGUGCCUGCUCCAUCCAUCCUUCCUCCCUCGCCGGGGUCACCCCCCACCUCGGUUCCCAGCCCCGGGGGACCCGUGCUGGGGAAGGGGGCACAUCCCACAGGCUUUGUGCACUUUCCAUCCCGUAAUUUAUUUCUCUAGGUGUGUUCGGCACGGGGCGGCGUUGGUGGCGAGCUCCCAUCUUCCAGCUGCUUUUCUCACAAGGAGGGGGGGGGCUGCCCCAUGUUUUUUGGGGGUGGGGGAGGAAGAAGCAAAAGCACAACCCCAGGGAAUGGGUUGUCUUUCCCAUCCUUUCCCUCGCGUGGGAGGUGAGGUGAAUGCGGUAGCCCGGCCGCCGUAGGCGCACGAGUGAGUGAGUGCGAGUAGCAAUAUGUAUAUGCGUGUGGGUGGGUGGUGAUAAGACACACACAAAUAUAUAUAUUAUAUAUAAAUAGAUAUAUUUUCCUUGAAGCCAAGAUCCUAGGAGGUCGGUUAGGCCCUCGGAUCGAGGGAGGGGCAGGGGGCGAGGACAUCCUUGGCGGAGCGGGGACGGCCACUGUGGAUGCAGGGACCUGGCGCCCUCAGCACAGCUGCUUGUUUUGGGAAACCUGCUCUGCUAGCCAAAAAUAAUUACUCCAUAUCCAAGGACAACGUGACUUAAUGGACAGGAGCUGGAGGGAAACCUUUUUGUUGUUUUCAUCGUUUAUUUUUUUUUCUCCAAAUGCCCCCUUUCCCAACCUCGUUGUGUCUCCGUUCCCCAUCCCAGCAACUUUCUCCCGGUUCUCUUUUGUAAGCAGGCUUGGGGCUGAGCAGGGAGGGAGUGCCUGGCCUCGCCGGGGCGUUCCUCUGCUAGUCAGGGGAUCCAUUUGGGAUUUCUGUCGUUUUUUACCGUCUCUUCAAGCAGGUGUUUGGGAGGAGAAAAGCUCUCGCCAGUGGUUGCUGUUACAGUGAGAUCAAUAAAGAUUUUGGUUCUUCUAAA